AUGGAGGAAGUCGAUGAGCAAUUUAUAAGUGUAUACCGGAAUGAGAGGAACUAUAAAUAUCUGUUAUACACGAGGGGCAAUCCACUAACACCCCAGAUUAUAAUUCAUGGAGUAGUCAAAUCUCUGACGAAUUCACACUUCAAAAAGAAUAAUGAGAUUGUAUUUUUGGUCCACGGCUGGUUUGGGAAUGCAGACAACGAGAUGAAUAGAAUGUUAACAAAUGCAUUUCUUCGCAAAAAAGAACUCAAUAUCAUAGUAGUGGACUGGAGUGAAUUAGCCACGCGAAAUUAUUUGACUGCCAAAAGAGGUGUGGUCACCAUCGGUCUUCAGCUAGGAUUAUUCAUGAGCUGGUUAAACUAUGAAUUCGGGAUUUCGUACGAGCAAAUCCAUUUAGUCGGAUUCAGUUUGGGAGCUCAUCUAGUUGGUAAUGCUGGAAGAGCCUCGGGGGGAUUAGUGAAAAGAAUUACAGGUCUCGACCCAGCUGGUCCCUUAUGGAAACGCGACAAUAACCGUCUAAAUAAAAACGACGCGCGGUACGUGGAAGUAAUUCACACGAACACAGCGCUCUAUGGCUACUCAGAACCAUGUGGUGAUGCUGACUUCUAUCCAAACGGUGGAACCAGUAUGCCUGGAUGCUGGUUCAAUGUGUGUUCACAUAGUAAAGGCUACGAGUAUAUGGCUGCAAGUGUUUUGUUUAACCAUUUAGUGGCAAGAGAAUGCCCGAGUCUGAAAGAUGUUGAACAAAAUAACUGCUUUGGACAAUUUUACCCCAUGGGAAAUAGUCAUAUGUCCAAAUCGAGGUCAGGAUUAUUUCGAGUUAACACUGGAAAUGAUUUUCCUUUUUGA